AUGAUUUGUGUAGAAUGUGGACAUCCGGGUAUAGAAGCUCUAUAUUCCAAGUACAAGAGUGAUUACAUCCGACUAUCCAUAUGUAAUCAAUGUGGCAUGGUUGCCGAUAAAUACAUCGAGUUUGAUAACGUGAUACUAUUCCUUGAUAUCCUUCUCCUUAAGCCACAAGCCUACCGUCAUUUAUGCUAUAAUGAAAUCGAAAGUGAACUUAUUCAAGGAUAUGAGCAAUAUCCUACCACUUCGAGGGAUUCAAGGUCCAAGUUAACAAAAUUUUGGCGCACACUCGCCUCAUAUAAGAAGAUUGUACGGUUGAUGGUUAUGACUAUACUAUUUGAAGUAUAUUUGAUUUGGGCUUACGAGGAAAAGAAGAUAGAUCGGAUCCCAACAAUGGAUGUAAUCCUUAAUCUUGACGUUCUGGGACAAUAUUUGUAUUUCAUUCUCAGACUGGUUUCUGAGCAAAUUUGUUUCCAUACAUGUCUCCAGUACAUAUUCCAACGCUGCUUUGGAUGGGGCCAUAUAACAUCUCCUAAUAUCCCCAAGGCAUCACAAUGGGGGUACAAUGUAGCCGUAUUAUUGGUUGUGGUCUUGGUAUCGAGCUCGGUAAAACUUUUCCCAAUCCUUAUGCUUAUUUGGCCCUAUGAUAACUCAACAAACUUUGCCCUCUUCAUAAAUAUUGUUGGGUUUUUUAAUACUGUUGAGGCCUUGAGAGUGAUUACAAAGUGUAGAUACAUUGGGAUUGUAUUUGCCAUAGUGAUAUCAACACUCAUACUGCGACUAGUGUCUAAAGCACUCUUGGGUAUCAGUAUAUCCUAUGUCUCUGAAUUAUCCCUUGGUCAAAUUUUACAAACGGAUUAUUUAGAAAUGAUCUCUAAUUUUCAUGAAUAUGAAUUAUUUGUACAACAACUAUGGCUGAGUGUGUUUGAAACUAUUGAAUAA